AUGGAAAAAACACAGAAAAGAACGCGCAUAGGGCCGCUGCCUGGGGCUCGCCGGGGCGCGUCUGGAGCUGGCGCUGGACGCGGCAGCAUGCGGGCCGCCAGCCGAGCGCGAGGAGCUGCACGAUCACCUAGCAGCCCCUCGCAUCCAUCAUCCACACCAGAAGGCUUGGUGUCGGCUGGGUCUUCUCGGACCCAGCAAGCGGCACCCGCCGCUGGUGGAGCACGUCGCAUGCGUUGGACGAAAUCCAUGAACGAAAACGCAUUGCGGGCGUACUAUAGGGCGAAAGGGGAAGAAACUGUGGGAAUAGCGUAUAGGUCUCGGAUGCAUUGCUUUUUUGCUGAGCUGGAGCCGUCUAUCCCCGUCACGGAACAAAACCUGGCAGACCGAGUUCGGUACAUCAUGCGCUCGAAAAUAUUUGAUGAUGCCGAACUCGAACGACUACGAACGGCUAUUCCGUCGUCGAAUGAAUGGCUAUGGCUGGAGAUGCAGCUCCACAUUCGACAGACCAGCAUCCACACGUGGAAGCCGCCAUGGAUCUUCCAGUUGUGGUUGAUUCGAACGACGAUGAAAUAG